AUGCACUCACCUCCUAGAGACCAGGCUGCCAUCAUGCUCUGGAAGCUCGUGGAGAAUGUCAAGUACGAAGAUAUCUAUGAGGACCGGCACGAUGGCGUCCCGAGCCACAGUUCCAGGCUCUCCCAGCUGGGCUCGGUGUCUCAAGGACCUUACUCCAGCGCCCCGCCGCUGUCCCACACCCCGUCGUCAGACUUCCAGCCUCCCUACUUCCCGCCUCCCUACCAGCCGCUCCCUUACCACCAGAGCCAGGACCCCUACUCCCACGUCAAUGACCCCUACUCCCUGAACCCACUGCACCAGCCCCAGCAGCAUCCCUGGGGGCAACGGCAGCGGCAAGAAGUGGGUUCAGAAGCCGGCUCUCUCCUGCCCCAGCCUCGGGCAGCCUUGCCCCAGCUCUCGGGCCUCGAUCCCCGGAGGGACUACCACUCGGUCCGCCGGCCAGACGUGCUGCUGCAUUCGGCGCACCACGGCCUAGACGCGGGCAUGGGUGACAGCCUCUCGCUGCACGGCCUCGGCCAUCCCGGAAUGGAAGACGUCCAGUCAGUUGAAGAUGCCAAUAACAGCGGCAUGAAUCUAUUGGACCAGUCUGUCAUAAAAAAAGUUCCGGUUCCUCCCAAAUCUGUGACUUCUCUGAUGAUGAAUAAAGAUGGCUUCCUGGGAGGCAUGUCAGUCAACACCGGCGAGGUAUUUUGCUCGGUCCCGGGCCGUUUGUCUCUGCUCAGUUCAACUUCAAAGUACAAAGUAACUGUGGGGGAAGUUCAGAGACGGCUUUCGCCCCCCGAAUGCCUCAAUGCGUCUCUCCUCGGCGGCGUCCUCAGAAGAGCCAAAUCGAAAAAUGGGGGGAGAUCUUUGCGAGAAAGGCUAGAAAAAAUCGGUUUGAAUUUACCCGCGGGCAGGCGCAAAGCAGCAAAUGUCACGUUACUCACCUCCCUGGUGGAAGGAGAAGCUGUUCACUUAGCUCGGGAUUUUGGGUAUAUUUGUGAAACAGAGUUUCCUGCUAAAGCUGUUUCUGAGUAUUUGAACCGGCAGCACACGGACCCCAGUGACCUGCACUCCCGAAAGAAUAUGCUGCUGGCUACCAAGCAACUUUGUAAAGAAUUUACGGAUCUGCUGGCGCAGGACCGGACGCCAAUCGGGAACAGCAGACCGAGCCCCAUCCUGGAGCCCGGCAUCCAGAGCUGCCUCACGCACUUCAGCCUCAUCACGCACGGCUUCGGCGCCCCGGCCAUUUGCGCCGCACUCACGGCCCUGCAGAACUAUCUCACCGAGGCGCUCAAAGGCAUGGACAAGAUGUUCUUGAACAACACCACCACUAACAGGCACACGUCUGGGGAAGGCCCAGCUUUGCCCGCAUGGUUUAUGAGCUUCUUCAAAGAGGACUUGGGCUUCCUACACAAUCUAUAAGGUACAGAGAAAAAAAAUCCGAUCCCUUUUUAAUCAAAGCCUGUGUGUCAGAAUUCUGCAGGUGCACUUCUUUAAAGAAGCUCAAAGGGAAUAAUUUAGAAAGUGGCCAAUAAGAAAUUGAAGCAGCUUUGAGUGUAGUUGCUAACAGAUACCUCAACACUUAUUUCCAGGGGAAGGGGGGAGCCGAAAAUGAAUUUUAGGGGAGAAGGGUAAGGGUUCGUG